UUUGUUUAUUUUCUAAAACAUUUCGCCUUUCAAAAUUUAGUGUUUACAAAGAGAUCAUUGAUGUUACAACCAUGCAGAGGGGCCAGGAUAAAAGAAAUAAUAAAAAGCGAGGCAGGGACGACGUGUCUGAUGAAAAUCCUGCCGGAAAACGCCAAAAACAACCCCAAAACAAAAGUGACAGUAGACCCAGUAGUGUGAAUGUACAGGGUGUUCCAUGUAUUGGUAGUGGUGCUGGGGUCUUGGACAGCAAAUCUGGCAUAUUCUGUGGGUUGAACAUUUUCAUACUUGAAGCCGGCAUUGGUAAGACUCGACGUGAUCUUUUUGGCAAACAAAUAAAAAAGAAUGGCGGUGAUUUCAUUGCAAAGUACUCCAAUUCGGUGUCUCUGUCGCACAUUGUUGUUGAUGAAAAGAUGGAUUACGAUCGUAUGUGUAACAUUUUAAAAGUAGAUGUCGUACCUGAGGCCAUUGUAGUUGUCAAGUCCACAUGGAUUAGUUCUUGUCUCAAGGUGAAAAAGUUGAUGUCAGUUGAGGGACACGAGUUAAGAAGGACACUACCAAGGACUCGUUCAAGUGCAACACAAAAUGUUGGGGCAAAACCAAAAAUUGUCCCAAAGGAUGAAAUACCUUUUAAAUUUUCAACUGGGUUUGGGGAUAGUGAAAGUAAACCUGAAAAGUUGGAAGGCAAGGAACCUGCAGCCCUUGUAGGAGUGGUAGAAUCAACUUUUGAUAAGCUGUUGCAGAGUGCUGAUUUAAUCGGAGAGAACACUGAUGAUAGCGCUUCAGAUGGUGAUGUUGAUGAAAAGCCAAAUGUCCCUGGUAAUGUUCAAGGCACAAAGAGUUACCAGAAGAAGGCGACUUCUCAAGACAGCGAUCCAGAGAGUGACUAUGUUCCGAGUGGGGAUGAGGAUGAACAAAGUGCUGCAGCUAGUGGCUCCGAUACAACUCCUCAUACUUCUCCACUGAAGAAUUUUCCAACUGGGAAUUGGAUUUGCUCUAUGUCCUCCAAGGCUCCCUUGAAUGUGAACCACAAUGAGCAUGUCACUGCCAAACUGGAGCAAAUGGCCACUCUUUACCAGAACACCAAUGACAAAUGGAGGGCGUUUAGCUAUAGUAAGGCUGUGACUGCAUUGAAAAGACACCCGAAGAAAAUCACUACUUGGAAGGAAGCCAAAGCUAUACCAGGAGUCGGUGCAAAACUUGCCGAUAAAAUCUGGGAAAUUGCUGAGAGUGGAGAACUUAGAAAACUGAAUGAGCUCAGUUCAAGGGAGGAUGUCACCACCAUGAGCCUGUUUAUGAAUCUUUGGGGAGCUGGGCCAACAACAGCCAGGAAGUGGAUGCAGAUGGGCCUGAAGACUCUCGAUGAUCUGCGAGAAAGAGGUGAUUUAACCAAACAGCAGAAAAUCGGUUUGGCUCAUUAUGACGACUUUGUUGAAAGGAUGCCGCGGGAAGAGGCUGGAGAGAUUGAAGUUCAGGUAAAGCGUGCGUGUCAUGAAAUUGACCCUGGUCUCAUUGCCCAAGCCUGUGGCUCAUACCGACGUGGGAAGGCCACUUGUGGAGAUGUCGACAUCCUGGUGACUCAUCCCGAUGGCAAAUCACAUCGAGGUGUCUUUGGGCAGUUAUUAACAAAACUGAGGGACGAAGGAUUUAUAACUGAUGAUUUGGUAUCGCAUGAGCAGGACGGCAACCAGAAAAAAUACCUUGGAGUCUGUAAGCUUCCUGGCGAAGGAAAAAAGUACCGGCGCCUGGACAUCAUCGUCAUCCCCUACGAUGAAUAUGCCUGUGCUCUUGUCUACUUCACUGGCUCCGCCCAUUUCAACAGAUCAUUGAGACACCUGGCGAAGAAAAACAGCAUGUCUUUAAACGAGCAUGCCCUGUGUGUAGGAGUGGUCCGUAAGGGUGGAGAAAAGAUCCACAAGGGGACAUCUGUGCCAACCCCUACGGAGGAAUCCGUGUUCAAGCACUUUGGGUUGAAGUACAGACCGCCUGAGGAGAGGGAUCAUUGAUAUUUUCAAGGAGAGCUGUCCAAGUUGGAAGUCGACUUUGACUAACUACAGUACAGGGGCCGAGAUUCUGCUGCUAUCUACCAACUGAUGUAAUACGGUAGAUUACUUUAGCAGAUAAGAUUAAAUUAGAUGAUACUAAUCCUGUUUCAACUUCUCUCUUUAUCAAAGUGUCGGAGAACAUUUACUCCCUCGAUAUUGUAAAUUAGUUCAGUCUAGCAAUGGUGUUCAGUAGUGGAUUGUUAGUUGAGCUGAAUUCACCAACAAAUGAUUUCUCCAGGUUCCAGGCUGUUCAUUUAUUAGGACUUAUUACCAAGAAUUCAUAAACGACUAGUAUUGUUUUAUAGCUUCUUAUGAUUUUCUGUUGUAUGUAUAUAGAGUGAUAUGCCAAAAAUUCUGAUUUGCUUCUGUAAAUGCGUAGAUUUAUUAUUAUCAUUUAUAUUGUGUAUGUUUUAAAUUUUACUGAAGUUUUACAGAAAAAUAAGUGUAAAUAAUUAGUCCGCACCUUGAAGUUUAUCAAGUUAAUUUUACUUAGCUUUUAAUCUUAUUAUCAGCCGACUUUUCCAACUUUACAUGACAUACACAAGGCUAUUUACAGAUUUGUUUUUGGAGACCAAAGGUACCUUACAUGUACUUUACAAAUAUUUUAUUGUACAAAAGGAAGAAAUAUGAAUUUUAAAUGUAAAUAUGACGAUACAUAGAUGCAUGUCUUACUGUAUUACAUUUACAUAUCAUCAUACCCUCCUCUAU